AUGUCUUCUGCAACCUCGAGCCCACAAUCCCAAGACCCGGAAACCUCUGACGUCCUCCCUCCCCAUCUGGAUCCCUCAACAUAUCCUCGAACCGUCACAACGACCCACUCCAACGCGCCCAUCCACCUCUCAUUGACCUACGACCCCCUCGACCCCACCCCCGCCCUCUUAACGGUCUCCUCUGCAUCCUCCGGCGCAAACAUUCUCUUCCUCGGCACAACACGCGAUACCUUUGAAGACCGGCCUGUCGCGCAACUCUCGUACACAACAUACCCGCAGCUCGCUUUUAAAUCCCUUGAGAGGAUCGCAAAGGACGCAGUGGACAAGCACGGGCUGAACGGUGUGUAUAUCGCGCAUAGACUGGGUGUUGUCCCGGUUAGAGAGGCGAGUAUCAUUGUUGCGGUUGGGGCGGGACACAGAGGGGAGGCGUGGAGGGGUGCAGAGGAGAUUUUGGAGAUUGUCAAGGAGAGGUUGGAGGUGUGGAAGAGGGAGGAGUUUGUAGAUGGUGGGAAGGAGUGGAGGGAGAAUAGGGUGAGGGACUCGAGUGGGAAGCUUAUAUCCAAGUCUGGGGAGGAUUGA